GUAUUGGCUACCUGGCUUAGGAAAUAGAUGCACUUCGGAAGGCCGAUGGUUGGAUCCUGCCUGACGCUGGACUGCCGUGUCAACAGCACAACCUCAUUCGCGACGCCUGUUUGCACAACCCGAGCACCUUCCCAACAUGGCGUUUCAGAGGACGGAGGGCAUGUCCAUUAUCCAGGCCUUGGCUAUGACCGUAGCAGAGAUCCCCGUGUUCCUUUACACCACGUUUGGGCAGUCGGCCUUCUCCGCGCUGAGGAUCACUCCCGGCCUCCGGAAGGUGCUCUUUGCCACGGCUCUUGGGACGGUAGCUUUGGCCUUGACGGCCCACCAGUUGAAGCGGCGACGGCGGAAGAAACGAAUCACCCCAGAGAAGUCCAGCACCAAGCCUGUGGUGGUUCCGGUGCCCAUCUUGCCCACCCGCCGGGUCCCCUCGGUGAAAAAAGGUUAUUCCGGCCGUCGGCUGCAGAGUCCCGGGAGCAAGAGCAACGACACGCUGAGCGGGAUCUCCUCCCUGGAGCCCAGCAAGCAUUCCAGCUCUUCGCACAGCCUGGCCUCCAUGGCGGUUGUCAACUCCCCCAGCCCCACCCCAGCUCCUGCAGCCCCCUGGGAAGCCCCUUUGGGGGGAGAAGAUCCGGGCGCUGCUGGCGACUGCAGUGCGGAAAACCUUUAUUUUCAAGGCAUGGAGCUGUUUGAAGAGGCCCUGCAGAAGUGGGAGCAGGCCUUGACCGUCCGUCAGAGGGACCCCCCCAGCCUCUCGGCCUCUUGGGUCGUCCCCAGGGCGGAAGACCUGCUGCUGCCUGAAGACCUCUGUGAGCAGGAAUCUCAGAAAAAAGAAUUUGCAGACAAGCUGGAAUUGCUCCUGUAUCGGGCGUAUAACCUCCAGGAAGAGUUUGGAUCCUCUCUGUCGACCGACAACCUGUUGCUUGAUUUAGAGCAGACUCUGAUGUUCCCACUGACGGAGCAGUCUCUAAGGCGCCAGCAAGAUGAGGAGGCAGAUAGUGUGACCUCCGAGGAAUCCUUUUUCUCGGCCGCGGAGAUCUUUGACUCCCUGGAAAUUGAGAAGACGCCGUUCCAGCCUUCUAAGCCAGCUGUUGCCUACAAAGAAGCGUUGCGGCUGGUGAAGGAUGGGUUGGUUUUGUGCAGGACCUUUCGCACAGAGCUUUUGGGGUGCUACAGCGAUGAUGAUUUUCUGGCAAAGCUUCACUGCAUCAGGCAAGCUUUUCAGGAACUGCUGCUGGUGGAGAACAACCAGACAUUUUUUGGGGAGGUGGGCAAACGCAUGGUGAUGGGGCUGAUGACCAAGGCCGAGAAGAACACAAAGGGUUUCCUUGAAAGCUACAAGGAGAUGCUGCUCUACACGCUGAGACAGGAGACUUGGCCAACCACACAGAAGGAACUGGAAGGCCGAGGGGUGGUCUGCAUGAAUUUCUUUGAUGUUGCCUUGGACUUCAUCCUCAUGGAUGCUUUAGAAGACCUGGAGAAUCCGCCCUCCUCCGUUGUGGCCAUCCUGCGCAACCGUUGGCUCUCCGACAGCUUCAAGGAGACGGCUCUUGCGACCGCCUGCUGGUCAGUUCUGAAGGCGAAGAGGCGGCUUCUGAUGGUUCCGGAUGGUUUUAUAUCUCAUUUUUACUCCGUAUCGGAGCACGUCAGCCCCGUCCUGGCUUUUGGCUUCCUGGGGCCCAAACAGCAGCUUUUUGAAGUCUGCAGUUUUUUCAAGCAUCAGAUUAUGCAAUAUCUGAAGGACAUGUUUGACCUGGACAUUGUAAGGUACACAACGGUGUCCUUGUUAGCCGAAGACAUCCUUCAGCUGUCACGGCGUCGCAGUGACAUCCUGCUCGGCUACUUAGGCGUGGAGACCAUCCCAGAGGUCAAUGGGACUCUGGGAAAUGACAGUGUUUCCUUCGAUAGCGUCAACUAAGCUUGCUUGCUCGGAGAAGACCGUUUGGGGCUUAUAAAUGGGAUUUGUUUUCUCCUUUUUAAAGGCAACCGGCCUCCCUAUUUCGGAAGCCGAAGACCGAAGGCAGCAAAACAUUUUCUAUUUGAAUUGUCUAACUUAAAAGCAAUUUUGAGCAGUGGUU